AGAGGUGGAAAAGAAAGAAGAUAGAGGAAAAAACAAUGGCAGCAGAGCAAGGAAAAAGAUCAAAGCUAUCAGCUCCAACAUAUCCCACUAUAACUUUGCCACCUAGACCACCCAUUGAUGGCUUAUUUCAAUCAGGUUCUGGGUUAAGUCCAGGACCUAUGACACUGGUUUCAGCUUUUUUCUCUGACCCUGACUCAACAAAUAGGUCUUUUUCUCAGCUUUUAGCUGGUGCCAUGGCUUCACCUGGAGCUAAACUGCCUUACAAUCCCAUGGAUGAUUCAUUUAUGGAAGUGGGUUUUGAAAAUGGAGGUGAAAAGAAUUCUGGGUUUAAACAAAAUAGACCUUUGAAUUUGGGUGUUGGUAAUUCUCCUUGGUUCACUGUGCCUCCUGGGUUAAGCCCUUCUGGUUUGCUUAACUCUCCUGGUCUCUUUUGCUUAUCUCCUCAGAGUCCUUUUGGAAUAUCGCACCAGCAAGCAUUGGCACAGGUUACGGCUCAAGCUGCUCUAGUGCAAUCUCAUGUACAUGCGCAACCGGAAUAUCAAACUUUGUCUGCUGCAACUUCUUCGGAACCAUCGAUCCCUCCUUCAUCUGCCAAUCCUGAAGAAACUUUGCAGCGGAUGCUUUCUUCAGACCCUCAAAGUUCUGCAAUGGAAUGCUUGGAAGCUUCUCAAUUCGAUAAAAAAAGUCAGCCUUGUGUUGCUGUCGAUAAACCGGCCGAGGAUGGUUACAACUGGCGUAAGUAUGGACAGAAGCAAAUUAAAGGUUGUGAGUAUCCGCGGAGCUACUAUAAAUGUACACAUCCGAGUUGCCCUGUCAAAAAGAUAGUCGAGCGUUCUGCCGAGGGCCUAAUAACUGAAAUUAUAUACAAAAGCACACAUAAUCAUGAAAAGCCUCCACCAAAUAAACAACCGAAGGGUGGAAGUGAUGGAAAUGCAAAUUUGCAGGGUAAUCUGGAACUAGGUUCUCUGGUUGUAGCUGGAAAUUCGAACAACUUAAGUGAAGGGAAAAAUCAUGAAUCAACUCAACCGGUGGAAUUACCUGGAUUUAGUGAUUGUGAGGAAGGAUGUGAUGAAGAGAGUCGAGAAGAAAGAGAUGAUGAUGAACCAAAUCGAAAAAGAAGGAAUAGCACAGGGGAAGCUGCAGUAGUGUUGUCACACAAGACUGUCACGGAUGCAAAAAUUAUCGUGCAAACAAGAAGUGAAGUUGACCUUUUAGAUGAUGGCUAUCGGUGGCGCAAAUACGGGCAGAAAGUUGUCAAAGGGAACCCUCAUCCAAGGAGCUAUUACAAAUGCACGAGUGCAGGAUGCAAUGUUCGGAAGCAUGUGGAAAGAGCUUCAUCCGAUCCCAAAGCUGUCAUAACAACAUACGAGGGAAAACACAACCACGAUGUCCCAGCGGCCAGAAACGGUAGCCACAACACAGUUAACAACAGUUUGCCUCAACCGAAACAGCAACACGAUGCAGUGGCCGAGAAACAUUCUUUGCUUCAAGAGAUUGAUUUCAGAAAAAAUGUCCAGGGACCAGCAGUUUUAAGGCUAAAAGAGGAGCAAAUAAGAGUGUAAACUUCUCUGUUGAAACCUGUAGAAUAACCGGGAAUUCGGCUGCCGAUUGCAGCCGACUAACCCGCGUAUGAAAUGAAUAUGUAUUUCCACAACAAAAAAGGGGGUCAAAAGAAAGACAAAUCAAAUGACAAUAACUGCUAAUAGACUACACAGUUUUGUAUGUUGGAAUUCAUAAGUUAUGUUGUAAAAUAUACAUUGUGUUUUUGUUUAGUAGAAGGAUAGAAAAAGAGUUGCAGAUUUUAGAGAUUUGAAA